AUGACGGCGCCAAGUGCAGCCGAAAUACGGAAGGCGUGGAAUGAGUAUCCGAGCUUUGUCGAGCAAACACCUAAAGAAAAACUUGUGCCGGUCAAAGGAAAGCGCAAUAUUCUUAUAACGUCCGCUCUUCCGUAUGUGAACAACGUGCCACACUUGGGUAAUAUCAUCGGAUGUGUCUUAAGCGCAGAUGUCUUUGCGAGGUAUUGUCGCAUGCGUGGCUACGAAACGUUAUAUGUUUGUGGGACAGACGAAUACGGCACCGCUACGGAAACGAAGGCACUACAAGAGAGUAUGACUCCUCGUGAGGUAUGCGAUAAGUAUCACGUCAUCCAUCGGGACAUUUAUAAGUGGUUCAAUGUCGAGUUCGAUAUUUUCGGCCGCACAACGACACCUCAACAGACUGAGAUUGCUCAAGACAUUUUCUUGAAACUGCAUGAAAAUGGAUUCACUUCAUCGUCUUCUGUUGACCAGUUACACUGUCAAAACUGUGAUAAGUUCUUGGCUGACCGUUUUGUCACUGGUAUCUGCCCUUUUUGCGCCUACGAUGAUGCUCGUGGGGAUCAGUGCGAUGCAUGUGGACGGCUUAUCAAUGCUGUCGAAUUGAAAAGUCCUAAAUGUCAUAUUUGUAAGCUGGAACCUAAGGUUCGGCAAUCUACUCACAUCUUCUUGCAUCUGGACGCUCUGCAGGAUGAAGUUCGGCAGUAUGUUGAGAAAGAAAUAGCCAAGCCUGACUCGAGAUGGUCAGCUAAUGCUAUAGCCAUAGUGAAGGGAUGGAUCAAGGGAGGACUUGAGAAAAGAUGUAUUACUCGUGAUCUUAAAUGGGGAACAGCAGUGCCUCUGGUCGGAUUUGAGGACAAGGUUUUCUACGUUUGGUACGACGCUCCAAUUGGUUAUUUGUCGAUCACAAAGUGUCUGGUAGGCGAUAAUUGGACGAAAUGGUGGAAAAAUCCUGGAGAGGUGGAGUUGUUCAAUUUUAUUGGAAAGGACAAUGUAGCGUUCCAUGGCGUGAUGUUUCCUUGUACUCAGUUAGGUGCUCGAGAUAACUAUACUAUAGUAAAUCAUGUUUGCGCCACCGAGUAUUUGAACUAUGAGGAUUCUAAGUUCAGUAAAUCUCGCAAUACUGGUGUGUUCGGGGACAGCGCAAAAGAGACUGGUAUCGAAGCAGAUGUUUGGAGAUUCUAUCUUCUCUACAUGAGACCUGAAUCGCAAGACACUUCGUUCAGUUGGGACGACUUUGCUCUCAAAUUAAGUAUUCUAACAGUGAAUUCAGAGCUGCUUGCAAAUCUGGGCAACUUCAUCAACCGAGCACUUUCGUUCCUUGCAAAUAGCUUUGGAGGAGUGGUUUCUGACAUGGAACUCAACGACACUGAUAUCGAAUUAAUUGCUGGAGUACAGGCGGAUUCCAUGGAGUGGGAUCAGUUUAUGGAUGCUGUGCGCGAGAAGGAUGCUGUACGCGCAGUACUUUCGAUGUCCAGGCGAGGUAAUCAAUAUAUGCAGUCUCAGCAACCUUGGGUACUUAUGAAAGGAAGUGAGGAGGACAAAAAACGUGCUGGAACUGUCAUUGGUGUAGCUGCAAACAUUUCCUACCAUUUGGCCGUAGUUUUACAUCCAAUUAUGCCUGAGAUAUCAGCUCGUAUUCGCGAACAGUGCGGUUUUGAAAGGUUGCCAGCCUUCUCUACAUAUCCGAUAUCUUACUUGAAACCAGGACAUAAGAUUGGAACGCCGAAGCCAUUGUUCACAAAGAUGGAAAGCUCAAAAAUUGCUGAAUGGAAAGUGAAGUUCGGUGGCACUGAUGCCAGUCCUAGUGAGCCACAGACGAAAGGAAAAGAUAAAACCAAGCAUUCGAAAAAAGCUUCCGAAGCAGGUAAUUCAUCAAAAAAGUGCGAAAACGUAAAACUAAAGAAGAACAUGGCGGCUGCAAGCUGUGUGUUCCCGCAUCUAGCCAAGAAUCAGCAACAAAUUAAGCAGUUAUUUGAAGCGACAUUAAAGAAAUUCAGUCAGGCUCGCGAUCAGUUUGUUAAACAAAAAGGCGCUGAACUAGCAGCAGAUGUCGCAAAGCUCGAGAAAGAAAUUGAAGCGCUACAGCAACAGUUAGUUGAAGCAGAAACGGCGGCUGGAAUUAAGCAAAUUCCGGUUCCGAAGGUCGUUAAGUCAGUAGAGAAAUCGGAUCCGCCCGCGGCCGCUUCCGCAUCUCCAGUAAAGCAAGCGAAAACAGCUACAGAGACGCCUUCAAAAGAAAAGAAAGGUGCAGAAAAGAAGGCUGCCCCUGGUGGCAACAAGAAGACUGAGAACGCAGUAGGUGACGACACUAUCGACAUCGGUCGUCUUGAUCUUCGUGUUGGGAGAAUAAUCAAAUGUGAGAAGCACCCUGAUGCUGACGCACUAUACGUGGAACAAAUAGACGUUGGAGAAUCAACACCGAGAACAGUGGUGUCUGGUUUGGUACGGCAUGUUCCACUUGAUCAGAUGCAAAAUCGUCUCGUUGUUGUGCUCUGCAACUUGAAACCGGCGAAAAUGCGAGGAGUUGAGUCACGAGCCAUGGUGAUGUGUGCUUCUUCACCUGAGAAGGUCGAAAUUAUAGAGGUAGAUCAAUUGUCUCAACCUGGAACACCAGUAGUGUGUCCACCCUACACCCACAGACCAGAUGCGCAGUUAAAUCCUAAGAAGAAGAUUUGGGAAACCGUAGCAGAAGAUCUCAAAGUAAGCCCUGAUGGUUAUGCUGUGUGGAAAGAUUGUCCUCUUCUUGUUGGCGGUAAAACAAAAAUGACAGCACCAACAUUACGAGGUGUUUUUGUCAAAUGA